GGAAUGCUUAUCUGAAAGAUCUUCCAAGACGAAGCCAAGAAAUGUUAAUUUAAUUGAAGUUUUUACUGAUGAUGAAGAGGAAGAGGAAACAUCCAAAGUAUAUGCAGGAGAAAGGUCUCGAUCAUAUACUACUGACAAAAAGAAUAUAAGAAUACGACAAAGAGAAAUGACUAGAACUUCUGAGUCAAAUAAAGAAAUGAAUCUUAGAACUUGUGUCAUUAAUCCAAUUGAAAUGGAAGUAGAAUCCACUCCUAAACAAAAAUCAGUUAAAAGAGCAUGA